ACAAUAGACACAGUUUGGAGAGGAUCACACUUGGAGUGGUGAUCACGUGAGAUGAGGUCCCCCUCACUGCAUCAUUUUCUCUCCAUAAGAGGAAGCUGAAGAAGGACCUGAUUUUGCUCUCAGAGCUGGAGAAGACAGUGGUCUCAUUAUCAUCUCUGUAAUCACAACCGAAGCAUUGUAGUUAACAGCUCCUCCAUUUUUGGCUGCAUCUUCUUCUUUUUCUAAAAUAUCUCGCUCAUCGUUACUCGUGCCCGUACCUGCCUGCCAUGGUCAUAUGCCAUUACUCUUCAACCAUAAAUGCACAGUACUACAUUACACGGAGGCUUGGUUGUUAUGGGUAGAUGGGGCGUUUUUAAUGGAGUUCUUCAUGGCUACAACUUGAAGAUUUCGGGGCAGAACAGGUACCUGUAAUUAUCUUUGAAGUUGUUGAUACUUAUUAUUUGCUUCAAGUUUCACAUUCCUGCAUAUUACCAUGAGCAACCUCAAGCUAGGAGUAGAAGUCAUCAGUGCACACAAUCUUUUGCCUAAAGAUGGGCAAGGUUCAUCUAGUGCCUAUGUGGAGCUCUAUUUUGAUGGUCAGAAGUUCCGUACCACAAUCAAAGAAAAAGAUCUUAACCCAGUUUGGAACGAAACCUUUUACUUCACUAUAUCUGACCCUUCAAACCUUCAUUAUCUCACCCUCGAUGUGUAUGUCUACAACAACCUCAGAGCUACCAAUUCCAGGGCUUUUCUCGGAAAGAUUUCUCUCACGGGGACUUCAUUUGUUCCCUAUCCUGAUUCGGUGGUUUUGCAUUACCCCUUAGAAAAGCGUGGAAUUUUCUCCCGUGUGAGAGGAGAAGUUGGUUUAAAGAUAUAUGUUACUGAUGAUCCAACCAUAAAAUCUUUUAGGCCACUGCCUGCUAUGGAAAUGUCACCAAAUGAAGAGCCAAGGUCAACUCAGGCACAAACGGUUCUGCAUGCAGCUGCACAAAAUUUUUCUGGUGGUAAAGUUGAGGCAAGGCAUACUUUUCAUCAUCUUCCCAAUCCAAAUCACCACCAACAUCAGCAUCAUUCUUCUGCUCAUGCAGCUACCCAUCAUGUACCAAAGUAUAUUGCUGAUGAGAUGAAAUCUGAACCACAGCCUCCAAAGUUAGUUACUAUGCACUCUCUUUCAUCAUCUCAGCCCAUUGAUUAUGCACUUAAAGAGACGAGCCCUUUUCUCGGUGGUGGAAGGGUUGUUGGUGGUCGUGUUAUUAAGGCGGACAAGACAGCAAGCACCUAUGAUCUCGUUGAACGUAUGUAUUUUCUCUAUGUAAGAGUUGUCAAGGCUCGUGAACUUCCUGUCAUGGAUCUUACCGGGAGUCUCGAUCCAUUUGUUGAAGUGAAAAUCGGAAACUACAAAGGUAUUACAAAGCACUUUGAGAAGAAGCAAAAUCCAGAGUGGAACCAAGUGUUUGCAUUUUCAAGGGAACGGAUGCAAGCUUCUGUACUAGAAGUCGUCAUCAAGGAUAAGGAUCUACUAAAAGAUGAUUUUGUCGGCAUUGUCAGGUUCGACAUCAAUGAGGUUCCACUACGAGUUCCCCCAGAUAGUCCUUUGGCUCCAGAGUGGUACAGACUUCAGGAUAAGAAAGGUGAGAAGAUUAAGGGAGAAUUGAUGCUUGCAGUUUGGAUUGGCACUCAAGCAGAUGAGGCUUUUUCUGAUGCUUGGCAUUCUGAUGCAGCAACACCCGUUGAUGUUACCUCUGCUAUCUUCACAGUGCUACGCUCAAAAGUCUAUCAUGCACCUAGGCUCUGGUAUGUCCGUGUUAAUGUUGUUGAGGCACAAGACUUGUUCUCCUCAGAGAAGAAUCGUUUCCCAGAUGUUUAUGUCAAAGUACAGUUAGGAAAUCAAGUUUUGAAAACAAGGACAUGCCAAGCUCGGACUUUUAAUGCCCUCUGGAAUGAGGAUCUAUUAUUUGUUGCAGCUGAACCUUUCGAAGAUCAUCUGGUCCUUUCAGUUGAGGAUCGUAUGGCUCCCGGGAAAGAUGAGAUAAUUGGGAGGGUCAUAAUACCAUUGAACUCCGUAGAGAAGCGUGCUGAUGAUCGAAUGAUUUAUUCUCGUUGGUUUAACCUGGAAAAACCUGUUGUUGUGGAUGUAGAUCAGCUGAAGAAAGAUAAGUUUUCCAGCCGUAUCCAUCUUCGAGUCUGUCUGGAUGGAGGAUACCAUGUCCUUGAUGAGUCGACUCAUUACAGCAGUGAUCUUCGCCCCACUGCAAAACAACUCUGGAGGCCACCAAUUGGAGUCUUGGAACUUGGUAUAUUAAAUGCCGUGGGUCUCCAUCCUAUGAAAACACGGGAGGGGAAGGGAACAUCAGAUACAUACUGUGUAGCGAAAUAUGGUCACAAAUGGGUUCGGACACGCACUAUUGUUGAUAACCUGACUCCAAAGUACAAUGAACAGUAUACUUGGGAGGUUUUUGAUCCAGCUACCGUCCUAACUGUUGGUGUAUUUGACAACAGCCAGAUUGGAGAGAAGGGAUCGAAUGGAGAGAAGGACCUGAAGGUUGGAAAAGUUCGGAUUCGCAUCUCUACACUUGAAGCUGGUAGAGUGUAUACACACUCAUAUCCCUUGCUAGUUCUUCAUCCUACCGGUGUUAAAAAGAUGGGAGAACUGCAUUUGGCAAUUCGAUUUUCAUGUACGAAUUUUGUGAACAUGCUUUAUCAAUACUCACGACCACUGUUGCCAAAAAUGCAUUAUGUAAGACCCUUUUCUGUGAUGCAACUAGACAUGCUACGCCAUCAAGCCGUCAACAUAGUGGCAAUGCGAUUAGGUCGAGCAGAGCCACCACUUCGGAAGGAAGUUGUUGAGUACAUGUCUGACGUAGACUCACAUCUUUGGAGCUUGCGCAGAAGCAAGGCAAAUUUUUUCCGGCUGAUGACAGUUUUCUCAGGAUUAUUUUCUGCCGGAAAGUGGUUUGGGGAUAUUUGCAUGUGGAGAAAUCCUAUUACGACAGUCCUAGUUCAUGUGCUCUAUCUUAUGCUUGCUUGCUUCCCAGAACUGAUAUUGCCCACACUUUUUCUAUACAUGUUCCUAAUAGGUAUAUGGAACUAUCGGUAUCGGCCAAGGUAUCCGCCCCACAUGAACACAAAGCUUUCACAAGCUGAGGCAGUGCAUCCUGACGAACUGGACGAAGAAUUUGACACUUUCCCUACCAGCGGAAGUCCAGAUCUUGUUAGAAUGAGGUACGAUAGGCUUCGAAGUGUGGCUGGUAGGAUUCAAACUGUUGUUGGCGACAUUGCAACACAAGGGGAGCGAUUCCAGGCACUGUUAAACUGGAGAGACCCUCGAGCCACUGCCUUAUUUAUUCUAUUUUGUCUAGUUGCUGCACUUGUGUUGUUUGUCACACCAUUUCAGGUGAUAGCUGCAUUGGCUGGGUUCUACAUGAUGAGGCAUCCAAGAUUUCGUCUCAGACUUCCAUCCGCGCCCAUUAACUUUUUCCGUCGACUUCCUUCGAGGACCGAUAGUAUGUUAUGAGGUGAAAGCCUUAAAUGUUUCUAGCUGGUUAUCUAAAUUUGUAAUUGCUUUAUCCAAGUUGUUUUUAUUUCCUUCCUUCCAUGUUUUGUAGAUCCCAUGCAAAAUAUGUCGACUUUAUUAUCUCCCUUUAUGUUUCAAGGAUAAUGUGAGAUAGCUUAUGAUUGAACAAUGAUUGAUCUGGAAAUUUUUGA